GUGAAAUCCGAGCUUCUUCUCCUUGCUGCUCUCACUAUCUCUCCGGAAACUCUCUUGAAGAAUCGCCGAUGGACAUGGAUACGGUGACCCUACAUGGAUUCGAUCAUGCGCCUGCGGCAUUCAUCGGCGAUCCCUUGACCUUAACGGAGAAUGCUCACUCUUCCGCCUUGGUGACCUUCGAGGACUUAGUAGAUAGUGGGGUGAUGUCUCCGAUGUCAACGGCUGAGAUGGGUGAGAUAAUCCUUGGUCCGUCGAUUGGAAAUGGAGCUGAGUUGGAAACAGGUGGUGCGCCGGUGGGAGGGAGAUCGGAGGCUACAGCUGCAACAAAGCUUCAGAAGGUUUACAGGAGUUAUCGCACUCGGCGGAGGCUGGCGGAUACCGCUGUCCUCGCAGAAGAACUCUGGUGGCAAGCUCUUGAUUUCGCUCGUCUGAAUCAUAGCACGAUUUCUUUUUUUGACUAUUCGAAACCAGAAUCGGCGAUCUCGCGCUGGAACCGCAUAAGCAUUAUUGCUUCAAAGGUUGGUCAGGGAUUAUCCAAGGAUAGCAAGGCUCUAAAGCUGGCCUUUCAGCACUGGAUUGAAGCUAUUGAUCCAAGACAUCGCUAUGGGCACAAUCUUCAUUUUUACUAUGAAAAAUGGUGUGAUAGUGAUGCUGGCCAGCCCUUCUUUUACUGGUUGGAUCUUGGUGAUGGAAAAAAUGUGGAACUGAAGGAAUGCCCUAGGUCAUUACUUCGACAACAAUGCAUAAAAUAUUUGGGCCCUCAAGAGCGUGAACACUACGAAUAUGUGCUAGCUAAUGGGAAAAUUGUACACAAGCGAACGGCUCAACCUCUAGAUACGAAGUGGCCCAAAGGAGCAAAAUGGAUAUUUGUAAUGUCUACUUCACGGAGAUUAUAUGCUGGAGUGAAAAAGAGGGGAAUGUUUCAACAUUCCAGCUUUCUCGCUGGAGGGAGUACUGUAGUAGCUGGAAGAUUCACUGCAGAGGAUGGAUUUCUUCGAGCUAUUUGGGCAUACAGCGGGCAUUACAAGCCAUCAAAUGAGAACCUUAACCAAUUUUUGAGCUACCUCAAAGAAAAUGGGAUUGAUCUAACUGAAGUCGUGAUACGCUCUGCAUCCAGUGAAGACUAUGAAGAAACCAAAAAGCCUGAAGGUGAAGGUGAAGCUGAUGAUGUGGUUGACGCCUUUUCUAUUUCUAAGCCCCCACCUCUCCAAAUCCCUCCCAGAUCCUUCAUAGUACCUUCAGAGCAACCCACAGAAACCUCCAUUAAUUCUGAAACUGAGAAUGGAAAAGUUAAUGAAAUAAAAGCUUACAAAAGGACUCUGUCUGGGGGGCUUCAGAGUCCAAAGACGGAUGUUUCUGAGAAAGCACUUCAGGAGAGGAUCAAAUCAAAGAUGAAAUCCAGUUCAUACCAGCUUGGGCAUCAAGUCUCCUUCAAAUGGUCCACUGGCGCUGGCCCAAGAAUUGGGUGUGUGGCAGAUUAUCCAGUGGAGCUGAGGCUUCAGGCUUUGGAGUUGACGAACCUUUCGCCAACAUGGUCUCGCACUCCAAAGAAAUGUUCGUGAAGGGAAAGAUCAAGGCCCAAAGUAGAAGAGGUUAGAGGCAGUUAUUAAGGAGAAACUGUUAGAGAGUGAUGGUUGAAAGACAUUUUACCUACCAUUGAAGAGGAUCUCAAGAUGUCAGGUUUUUAUGUUCAUGUUAUGUAAUGUGUUGGUUGAUGUGUCAUGGACUACUAUAAUAUUUUCAGUUUAUGUUUUAAGAGAUUUCAUGUUUUAAUGUAUUAGAGAUAUUUCAGUUUGGAAGUUUAGUGGCUCUUUCUUUCA